AGAGCCACUGACAAGCUGCUCCGGGUUUAAUGCCUCCAACAGGCUACAGCUUCCUAAAAUGAGACUCUGGGGACUUCUGCCACUCCUGGUCCCCUUCAUCUUCCUGUGGAGCAUCCAGGAACCUGAUCUGGCAGAGGGGGUCUUUGUCAGAGCAUGUCCAAAGUAUAAAAUAAAGUGCAACUUAGAAGAAAGAGACCGGUGUUCACGACACUCACACUGCCCAGAGAAGCAAAAGUGCUGUCUGUUCGCCUGUGGGAAGAAAUGCCUGGACCUCAGCGAAGAUGUGUGCAGUCUGCCUCAGGAUUCUGGUCCCUGCCUGGCCUACCUUCCACGCUGGUGGUAUAACCAAGACACCAGGCUCUGUACGCACUUCAUCUAUGGUGGUUGCCAAGGGAACCUUAACAACUUCAUGUCUGAAGAUAUCUGUACAUCCAUUUGCAAAAACUAACACUAUAUGUCUUCCUGGAUAUGAUAAGGAUGAACUGGAAGAAGCCCCACAUCUUGGCUCCUUAUCUGAGGCUUUCUUCCCGUGAGCCCAGCACAUGCUCUGGAUUGGCUGCCAGUGGCCAAGUCUUAGCCACUGAGACUUUGGCUGUUCUGAAACCAGAACCCCAGAAUGUGCUAUUCCCUUCCCCAGACCCUAGCUUCUGUUCAAAUACCAUGACCUUCGACCUUUGACCCCCUUCUUAGUCUGGGACCCUAUCACCUCAAAUUUCAGGGCUCAAAUUU